UUGUCAUGAUUUAAAAUUUGGUUGGAUCAAGUUCAGUUACUGAGUAUUGGUAAAAGAUUUACUCUUCAUUUAAUCUGGUAAUAAUGUUGUAAUGUAUAUCAUGAAAAAUUAUUGAAAUUUAGUUAUUUUGUAAUUCCUAUAAGUUUUUUGUUAUUUUCACAGUUUUUAUGUAGUGUUAUUUCUUGUAUGGUAGGUUUUAUGACUGAUGGCUUUCGUGUUGUGCUAUUUUUGAUCAUUCUGUGAAUUGAUAAUGAAAGAAAUUGAUGAAUUUGAAUUUGCUGGGUGAAUACCACAACAAAUCCAAGAUACUCCAAUGGGGGAAGUACCAAUCUAUACCACAAAGGCUCACGUCUUCAUGAUUGACCCAGUGACAAAGAAGUCCUGGGUUCCAGCAAGCAAGAAUGCGAUUCCAGUCAACUUCUUCUUCGAUUCAGCUCGCAAUACAUACAGAAUUAUUGGAGUUGAAGGACCCAAGGCCAUCAUUAACAGUACUGUGUUGCAAAACAUGGCUUUCACCAAAACAUCAACAAAAUUUGGCCAAUGGGCUGAUGUCCGUGCAAACACUGUAUAUGGUCUAGGAUUCUCAUCUGAUACACUACUGAAUAAAUUCGCUGAACAAUUUGAAGAUAUAAGGGAGCGAGCAGCAAAGCUGGAGUUGAAUGAUUCUUCACCUCAAACUAAUGGUCAAGUCACUCCACGAGUAGUUGAAGAACCUCGUGCUGUUAAUAAUACAACCAAAGAAAAGGAUGUUCUGGUGAAGGAAGCAGAAGACGAACUUGUUAGUUCUGCAUCAGAUGACAGUCGAUCAACAAACAAUCAGAAUAAUUCAGAAAUCAAACAUCUUCGCAUGAGUAAUGACAAAUUAAAAAUGGCGCUAGCUCAAAGUUCAGCCAAUGCUAAAAAAUGGGAAACGGAACUUCAAGCAUUGAAAAAUACAAAUGCCAGGCUUACUACUGCUUUACAAGAAUCAAUGUCCAAUGUUGAUCAGUGGCACAGACAACUUGCUUUAUAUAAAGAGGAAAAUGAAAAACAUAAAAAGAAGGUUGCUGAGCUGGAAUCUGAAGUCUCUCAAACAAGAAAUCUAUCAGAUCAAAAUGCUGAUUUAAGGAAACAGAUUGAGUAUGCUCGCAAGGAUGCAAAUGAGAAAGCACAGGAAUGCAACAUGCUGCAGCAACGGGUUGGAGUUCUUGCUGUCGUUGAAAAUCAACACCAGGAACUGACAGUUCGAUUAAAGCAAUCACAAAACGAUAACAAACAGCUGAAAGAAGAAAUCAUUCGCUUGGAAGGUAGACUUGAUGAAUCUGGAAAAGCCAAAAGCAAGAGGAAACUAGAAGCGCAGGCGCUGUUAGGAAACCUUGCAGAUAAGUUGACAGACAUUACAGAAAUUACACAAAAGUUACAAGGAACCUUGUAAAGAGCAAACUGACAACAUUUACACAAUGACAUGCGAAGUUGUCAUCAACUUUAUUGUGUCGAAAAUGUUAUUAUGCAAUCGACUUAACAAUUGAUUUCUAAUUUGUUGAGUUUGAGCGAUUGGAACAAACAAUUUCCUAUUUUUCCCUUGAAGCUGAUGUUUUAAUUUAGCCAGUGAUUUUAUCCCCUGACCAUUUUGGCUAGAGCAUUAAUAAGUAUAUUAAAGAUUAAUGCGGUGAUUCGGCAUAUUUCAACUAAAUAUUUUAUUUUAAAAAUGAAGCAACUUAGUAAUAACUUUGUAAUAUUUCAUUUGGAAAAAUUUUUGGAACAUUUUGGAUUCAGAGCUAGAUAGCUGUUAAAUUUGAUAUUAUGCUCUUGAUAAGUGUAGCAAGAAUCAUCGAUAGUUUUUUAAAUUUCAUUCACAUCUUAACAGUGUUUUAUCCACAAAUGAAGCUGUUCUUUAUUUCAAUUUUACCUUGUCUGGCAUAGUUUAUUUUCACAUUUUGCUUUCGGUUGAUAAAAGGUGCUCCACUCACUGUUGUGUUACAUUGUUCAGUCGCAGUGCACUGCCUAUUUUGUAAAUGUCCCAACUUGUCUACCUGCUUAUAAGAAUGUACAGAUUUAUUUGUUGCUGCUUCCCUAACUCUCGGCUCGUUACAUAUCUCGUUUACUAAUUGCACUUACCCCUGUGGUUGUUGAAUUCUCCACCCUACACAUUAGAUAGAGCUGUAAAGCUUUUUAUCAAAAAUUGGUCGUUUUCUUUGUGUCUGUUAUGCGAAUGUUAAAAGUACCAGGUCUGUUGUCAAGAUACACCUAUUUAUAUAUUCCUCCAGCUUCGAGAAAAAAGACAGUUUUCAGUUCUUUUCUCUUGUCUGUACUCAUUUCCAAUGGUUGCUGUUCGUUUAGUUUUUUACAAACUAGGCUGUUUUUUGUAUGUCGUUUUUAUUAAUUAUAUGUCUUUACUUUGAAUAUUUAUAACAUAUACUAAUAGCUUAUAUACAUCAUUAAAUAUGGUAAAAAUAAGAAUUCUGUGUUUACCUAAAAAUACUUUGAGUAUAUUAGUUUUACUGAAUUCAGACACUACUGAUUCUUCUCCCUUCCUGGGAAAAAAUUAUUGUUUUGCCACUACCUGUCAUUUUUGUUAUUGCCAGAAAUUGCAGUUGAUCUAUAUCUCGAAAUUAUUUACUAUUGGCUCAUCUUUAAUUUGUUACUUACCGUUACCGGUAACAAAAAUUUUCGUGUGAUGCAUAGGAUUUUUGGAUAUUUGAAUCCAUUCAAAACGAACAUGUUCGAUAUUCAUAUUCUUUUUAUGAGAACAAUUUAAAAUAGUUAAUUGGAUAAAUUGCCACUUGGGUUCGGAGGAUUUGAAGUCUCACAGUAUAAACAGAAAGGCUUUCAUUUAAUUAAUGGAAACUAAAAUGAAAUUGACUUAAUGUUUAUCUGAAAAUUCCCUGCAUUUACAAAAAAGUUCAUCAAAUAUACAAUGAGUUUUAUGUGUACUUGUGGACUGUGGUUGUCCAUGGCCCAAUAUAGAAAAUAUUCCAAAGUUGAUUUAGAAUGUAUUCAGAGCGGUAGAAUAUUCGGAUUUAGCCAUAUCUUGCUAAAUAUGAUGAACAUGUCAUCAAGAAGUUGCAAUUUUCUUCUGUUAAAUGUGCUUUUGCAAGCUGUACAAACUGAAUCUGCAGAGUGAUUUCUCAUUCAUUGUAAACAAACUGUAAUAUAUUCUUUUCCACAGUAGCAGUAAUAUGCUUUUGUAUAUGCUUACUGCAAUGCUCUAUUUCUAUUUUAUCCCUUGAACUAACAAAUUCUUCACUAGUUUUUAUCAAUUACAUGGUUUGUAUUUUCAUAUAUAUAUAUAUAUUGCUGCUAUUUUGCCCUAUGUUGAAAAUGUAUUUCAUUUCUUAACAAUUUAAGGUCAUUACACUUAGUUAAAUAAACAGCCAAGUUGAAUGCUAUUUUACACACUCAAUAUUAUUUUACCUGACCCUAUCUUCAACGUGUCGCUGUUUCUAUAUGUGAUUUUCAUAUAUGAACAACUUCCUAGCUUUGAAAUAAACCUCAUUUGAUUGUCAACAACCUCUGAUGAAUUUCUUCAUUAUUUAUGAAUUUAUUUGAUAUUAGAAUCAUAUUGCUAAAUGCAUUUCAACUAUAUUGAAACUAACAAUUUCAAGUUAAUCCUAGGAACCAGGGCUUUGGAGUCCGGAAAUAGUUACGCAGGACUCCGAACUCUGAUCCAUUUAAAUACCGACCCCUGGUUGAAAAAAAUUUGUGUAUGCAAGCAAGCCUUUGUUACUUGUCUGGUGAGAAUACUUUGUCAAUUUAUUGUUUUAGUUUCACCGAAAAUUUUGUCUUUGAUCUUUAUAACUAUCUUAUCCAUGUAAAAUGAAAAAACAACACCACGGCUCUUGUAGUAACUCAUAUGCAGCUUUUAUUUUGCUUCUCAGAGUGGUUCCUUGACCAAGCAAUUGCUGUAGAAACCAGAUGAGUUGAAGUACUUGGUGGUUUUUUAUUGUUUGAAACAGUAUUGAAUUACUGCUUUGUCAUCGUAUUUCUUGGAUAUUUAAUGAUUUCGUUCAAUUUUCUUGACACCAACGUUCCAAGGUCUCUUAACCUUUACUUUUAAAAAAAUAUUUUGGGAGUUAAUGAUUCAACAAAUAAAAAUUUCACUAACUUGCUGAUAUG